CAUCACUUCCUGUGUGUUUCAGAGCGUACUGGCUUCACGGUGCGACCUGUGGCCGGUUACCUUUCCCCCAGAGACUUCCUGGCUGGUUUGGCCUACAGAGUGUUUAACUGCACUCAAUACAUUCGCCACAGCACCGACCCCCUCUACACACCAGAACCAGAUACAUGUCAUGAGCUGCUGGGUCACGUUCCCCUGCUGGCUGACCCAAAGUUCGCCCAGUUCUCCCAGGAGAUCGGCCUGGCCUCACUGGGAGCGACGGAUGAGGAUGUGCAGAAACUGGCCACGUGUUAUUUCUUCACCAUCGAGUUUGGACUCUGCAAACAGGAUGGUCAGCUCAGAGCUUAUGGAGCGGGAUUACUGUCAUCCAUCGGAGAGCUCAGGCAUGCUCUGUCUGAUAAAGCCUGUGUGAAGAUGUUUGACCCAAAGACCACCUGCAACCAGGAGUGUCUAAUCACCACCUUCCAGGAUGUUUAUUUUGUCUCUGAGAGUUUCGAGGAGGCCAAGGAAAAGAUGAGAGAAUUCGCCAAAUCCAUAAAGAGGCCGUUCUCUGUGUACUACAACCCAUAUACGCAGAGCGUGGAUCUGCUAAAAGACACGCGCAGCAUCGAGAACGUGGUGCAGGACCUGCGCAGCGACCUCACCACGGUCUGCGACGCCCUCGGCAAGAUGAACACCUACCUGGGCAUCUAAGGCCGAUGCAAACCCUACCACACUGCAGAAAUACUAAAUAUUACCAAGUAUUUUUGAUCUGGUUUCUAGUUCAAAUAUCUUAGUACACUUGAAAUAAGGCAAAAUGAACUUAUAAGUUACUUUUCAGCAAGAUAUAGAAGCCUGUAUUUAAUAUUUGCACUGAUAAAUUGGCUCAGAUUUCCUUAAUUUUGGUAGAUCAGUGAUCUUAUCAACCUCAGCAAAGAUCUAAAAAUCAGCCGCUGUCCUCUUCUGCCCUGCAGUGAGAGGUUUGACCGACAGACAAGCCCAUCAGGUCAUGUUAACGAUGGUCAACCCACUGUUGCCAAUUCAACAACUUCUUGCUACAUUUAGCAACAUUUCAGACAAAAAUCAUUAUUGGCCAAAUUUGGAAUUGGAAGGUCAGGAUUUUUAAAGAUCGAUAAUCAGCGAUCUGCCAGACAACUGCAGUCAGUGCUCCUCUACCUGUAUUACAAAAAUAAUUCCUUUAUAUCGACACAUCUUGAAUAUAUGACAAGACAUUUUUCCAUAAGUGAAAUAAUCCACCACUAGUAUGUUUUUAUUGACUUUAAACAAUCUCCUAUAUCCUGUUUAAAAUGUACUUCUAAGUUACAUUUGUCUUAUUUCAAGUGUACUAAGAUAUUUGGAUUUGAAAGUUGAUCAAAAUACUUAGUAAAAUUUUGUGUUUUUGAAGUGCAGGAGCUCUGAUCGAUCCAAUCAGAGGUUCUGACUUCAGUCUCUCAGAUUAUCAAGCUGCUUCAAGUAUCUGUAAAAACCUCCGUCCAGCAUUUCUAACGUCCAAACGUCUGAUUUCAUCCAGUUGAUGUCCGCUCUGCUCAUGUCAAAUGUCUCCUGUAACUGAGUCCAAGCUGUCAGAAUAAAGUGAAGAAUCCUCCACACUCA